AAACUCCAUAUCCUUAAAUACAUAACUCUAGAGUAUCGAAACCUCUUUAUGAUUAUGACCUUCAUUUGUUAGAAAGUCGGCACACUGAUUUGCCUCCUCUAGAUCUGUCUAUCGUGGUGUUGUUAGCCUUGCAUGAUAUUGUACGUGAUAAGUUUAGCAAUCAAUUUAUGAGGCACUCCUUCCUACUGUAUAAAGUUAUAUAGUACUACUAUAGAGUACAAGUAUUAAUUAAGCAAUGAUAAAAGGAUAUUUAUUUUUUCAACAUUAUUUUCUAAGGCAAUGUUCACUCCAAAUGAAUAGUGCUUAAUUUGAUCAUUACAUGAAUUUAUCACAAAUACGUAGGCAUCAUCCUAAAACUUGGUGGAGAAAUGAGCAAUCUAUUUUCUCUUUAUGGUAUGAGAACAAAAUUAUCACUUCCCUUCCAAAUUGUCACCAAGACAAAGAGGACAUUUAAAGAGCAUAGAUUCAUUGAUAUCUUAGCUCCAAAGCCAAAUGUUACCAAGAAUCACCAAAAUUGUCUUCAACUCAUUGAGGACUUUAUUCAAACAGAUUGUAAACAAAAUUAUAAACACCCAUUGGAAAAAAAACUAUCUUUUUCUGAGCAAAAUUAUAGACACCCAUUGAAUAAAAAACUGUCUUUUUUGAAUUCAAAUGAAGAUUCAAUUUCAUUGCUUUUUAGGUUUCAUACAGAAGGAUCUAAAAUUGGGGUUAGUUUAGUAUCAAAUGCAAUGAGUUUAUGUGCAUCAAGAAGAGAUUUUAGUAUAGGGAUUCAAGUUCAUUGCUUAGUGAUUGUUAAUGGGUUUUUAUCCAAUGUUUAUGUUGGUAGUUCUUUGAUAAGUUUUUAUAGUAAUUUUGGAGGAGUGGUGGAUGCUUACCAAGUGUUUGAUGAAAUGCCUGUGAGAAAUGUUGUGUCUUGGAGUGCUAUGUUAAACGCGUUUGCGCAAGAGAAUGAGUUGGAUAUGUGUUUGAAACUGUAUAAGGGUAUGAAGGGAUUGGGGUUGAAACCUAACGAAUUCACGUUUUCGAGCUUGUUGAGCGCGUGUAUGGGUAACGGGUGUUUUGGUCAUGGUAGGAGUAUUCAUUGCCAAAUAAUUGUUACAGGUUUUGAUUCGUAUAGACACGUUGUGAAUGCCGUUUUGUCGAUGUAUUGUAAAUGUGGGGAAGUAAAGGAUGCUCUUCGCGUUUUUGAAAAUGCGAGGAGCAAGGAUUUGGUGUUGUGGAACUCGAUGAUUUGCGGAUAUGCACAGCAAGGACAUGCAAUUCAAGCUAUCGAACUUUUCGAGGAAAUGAAGAAGCAAAAAGUGAGACCUGAUUCGAUCACCUUCCUUGGAGUGUUAUCUUCUUGCCGCCAUGCAGGUUUUGUUAAAGAAGGCAUGUAUUACUUUAAUUCAAUGGUUGAUUAUGGUGUGAAGCCAGAGCUAGAUCAUUAUUCAUGUAUCGUGGAUCUUCUUGGACGAGCACGGUUAUUAGAAGAGGCUCGGGAGUUUAUCGAGAAGAUGCCAAUUCAACCAAAUGGUGUUAUAUGGGGUUCCUUCCUUAUGUCGUGCAGGCUUCAGGGGAAUUUUCGGUUGGGGAUUGAGGCUGCGGAGAAUAGGCUUGCACUGGAACCGGGUUCCAUGUCUACUCACUUGCAGCUGGUAAAUUUAUACGCGGGGUUAGGAUACUGGGAUCAGGCAGCUAGAGUGCAGAAGUUGAUGAAAGAGAAAGGAAUUAAAAGGGAUCCUGGUUAUAGUUGGAUCGAGAUAAGUAAUCAAGUUUUUUGGUUUACUGCUGAAGACUUAUCGAUGGGACGUAAUAAAUCAAUUGCUAGUUUGGUGGAUAUUUUGGUGGAUCACAUGAGAAGCUUUGGUGUAGAAGAAUUUGAUUUCAGUGAAUAGUAAUGUAGAGUAGAUGUGCAAUUUUGCUUUGAUAUGAGCCAAGAUUCUUCUUGACAUAUAUCAGGGAUAGCCAUUUUGACUUUGGACAGCAGCACGAGUGCAAAUAGAUUGUUGAGAAAAUGGACCUUGAGCUUAAUUCUAACUCCAAAAGUUAGCUCAUUAGGCGAAGAUUGCGGAACAAGGUGACUGGCCCUGUGGGUAUUCAAAGUUGAAGGAGUGUCUCCGUGUGACCUAUAGGUCAGGGUUUGAAUCGUGAAAGCAGCCACUAAUGGUUGCAUUAGGGUAGGUUGUCUACUUCACACCCCUAGGGUGCAGCCCUUCCCCGGACCUUGCUAACACGGGAUGCUUUGUGCACCAGAGUGUUUUUUUUUUUUUUUUUGGUGCGCAAACAGAAAUGCAAAUCGGCGAGCACUAUGUUGUGGGUUUGGCAAAUCUGAUUGGCGGGCAAUGCACUUCUAGUGUUGUUUAUCCUUGUAAGGGGAUUGCUACAAAUGGAUGAUAAGAAUCCUGUUCAGCCAGCAGUGGCAUUUAACAUUUUUCUAAUCUAGAAAGUUAUCAAGUGAGUGUCUUUGCUGAGACUAUUAGGGGAUUUCUGAGUAAUCUAUAAGGAUUUGGAUCGCUGCUAGAUAGCUUGGGCGUAAAACAUGAAGCUUUAGCAAUUGAACAUUAGUCACCAUACUAAGAGAAAAGAGUAACAAUGGUCUUCAUCAAAGGAAAAAAAAAGAAAAGAGUAACAAUGGUUCUAGUGAGAUUAACCCAAAAAAUUCAGUUCAGAAUGAGCAUUGUCCAAUUGUGUGCUUCGCUUGUUCGUUAGAGCUUUAGUUUUUCUAGAAUGUGCCACCGUCGUUCUAUGAGUUGCGUCAUUCAUAGCCAGCAGGUGGUAAGAAAUAUGAAACUACUUUGGAUGUGUUAUACCCCGUACAUUUAUACGACGAAUUAUCCGCAAGCAAAUCGACUCAAGUUAAAGGCGAAAUUAUUUUCGGACAUGAAAUAAGAGCUUUUAAUUUUCAACUUUGAUUAUCACAAAAAUUGCUUAUAAAUUUUAUUUAGCAUAAAAAUAUUAAUAUUGGAGAUUAGGAAUUAAUAAAUUGUGAUUAGAUUAUUAAGUAGGGAUUAGGGAUUAAUUAAUCUAAUUAUCAAAAAGUGGGUCCCACAACACGUGGCGAGAUUUGGUUGGACUUGAAUAAAGAUGGACACAUGUCAUAAAAAAAAAUUGACACAUGUCCACUUUGCAAAGAUGAUAUAUAUGAGUAAAGUGGAUGACUAAGUCAUCACUUACACAACAAUUAAUCUUGCAAAUUAGAUUUUAGAGAGAAGGCUCUCAAGCCUAGAGAGAGAGAAGUUCGGGCACUGUUCACGACGCCGGAACUGUUCACGUCGGCGACUGUUCACGGCGGAACUGUUCACGGCGCACUGUUCACGCGCCACUGUUCACGGCCAAGAGGAGAAAAAUCCAACCCCAUUUCUAGCCUUCCCAAAAAUAAUUCCUUGGUGUUAACCCACUAUUUGGAGGUCCCUAAGUAGCGUGGAAGCAUUAUUGGAGCGAUCAAACCAUCCAUUUUUGUAAAUCGCAAACCCUAACUUUCUUGUGGAGUAGAGAACAAAGGUAAGAAUUUCUAUUGUUUUAUGGGUUAUAAAUGUUUUAUGCAUAUUUUGGUAUGUUAAUAUGGAUGAAAUUGGUGAAAUAUUGUAUGUUGGAAGUGGGUUGUGUGCUUGGGGAGCUAGCCGUGUAAAUGGGUGUGUGAUUGGGUUAAUGAAUAAAAUUUUUGUAGCAUGUUUGAUUGUUGUAGAGUGGAGAAGAGAAUAAAAAUCAUCAAUAUACGUAUAUGUGUGUAGUGUGGCCGUGUAUAGCCCCAAUGUUUGGCAAAGGAUGAAUCAAUAUCGCUUAGUGUUUUAGUUGUCGUCGUUAUGAAUUCUAGUUUGGAAAUGAGAGUUUAAUGUCCCAAAUUGAUAUGGUGAAUGUUGCGGACUGAUUUGGAGAAUUUUGUGAAAUUAAUGCAAUCUUUAUAUUUAUGAGAAUUAUAUCGUUAUAGUGUGGAUUGUUGAUACAAAUCAUGACUUAAAAAUGAGGAAUGUGGUAAAGGGGCUGCUCUCGGUUUUUGGGGCUGUUUUCGGCCCAAUUUGGAGAAAUUGUUGGAUCGUUGGAAAUAUUAUGUGAAUUACUUAGAAUGUUCUUGAAUGUUGUUAGUAUGGGUUUGGGUUAGUAGUUGAAUGUAUAGGCGUUGAUGUUGGCUUGAAGGUAAGCCGUUGAAUUGAAUAUUUGAAAAGUUGUCGAAUGAUGAAAAAGAGAGUAUUAAUGUAAUAUUGUCUUUCGGAUUGGUUAUUGGAGUUGCUAGGUUGGUUAUUGUGGUUGUUGUUGUUGAUUUUGAGCGAGUUAAAUUCUCGGGUUGGCAUAUUUAUAGGGGAAAUGCUGCCGAAUUUUCUGUAGAAUUUAAUGUUAGUUUGGAAUGAAUGGCUGCCUAUGUUUAAUAUUGGAUAUUCGUUGGCAUAUUUGUAGACCUUGGGGAGCCCGAGGCGUAGAUUGGGAUUUACUUUAGAUUGGUUAUCUUGGAGUGCGUACGAGGUAUGUAAAGCUCCAACCUUCCUUCUUUUGGCAUGCCUUAGUUUUGGAUAGGCUAGAUUACGAGCCUUUAGGGAAAUCCUAUGAUUCUAAAUCCGAGCAUGUUAUGAUCCGUAUAUGUUCCUUGGCACUCUUAUGUAUAAUUUGAUGAAAUAUGAACCUUUAUGUAUUUGAAAUAAUCGCUUUCCGAACUUUGCACAAAAAGGUUUUCACUUUAAAGAAUUUCGUAAUUUUUGAAUGCCAUAUAUUUCACAUAAAGGCUCGGAUUGUUUUGAUAUUUUCGUAUGAGUUUGCAUGGCCUAUAAUGAGUAUGUUUUCCAUAAGUGGGCCCGACUCGGGAAAAUACCCGUCCGUGGGUCCCGCGACUUUCCUUUAUGUAAUUCGGACGACUUUUGAAAGAAUUUGGUAUGAUUAUCAUUUCAAAUUUCAAGUAUGGUCAUUUACUUAUAUUUGAGUCUAUGAUAAUGAUUUUAUGCAUAUGGUUACUAAUGACUCUGCUCGUGCGUUUUGUUAUAUCUUUCGCCGGUUCCCGGGCCGGUUCUGUUAUCGUGCGCAUUUUGAUAUACUCCGGAGUUAUGCUGUGUUAUGGUUCUCCGAGCUACUCGCUAAUGAGGGUCGGGUUCCACAUAUAUUUGGUGUUAUGCUGUGUAUGGCGGUAUGUUGUGAUGUGAUAUGUGACGGGGAUACGGAGAUUUGAAACUUUCUGGUGUUAUGCUGUGUUAUGGCGCCAUCGACGGGUGGGCGACCAUAUUCUUCUGUACCCUAUGCAUUACUUACAUAUUUUUGAAAGUAAGCAAAUUUUGAUAUGUUGGAUUUGCACUUAUGUUUGGUACUUCCAUUUCGCUUAUGUCUCAGAUUUGCUUUCUGUAUAUUCUGCUUUGCAUACUCAGUACAUAUUUCGUACUGACCCCCUUUCUUCGGGGGGCUGCGUUUCAUGCCCGCAGGUACAGACGCACAGUUUGGUGAUCUACCCAUUUAGGACAUCCUCUUCUGCUGUUUGGAGUGCUCUUCUCAUUUCAGAGCACACAUUUUGGUAUACAUUUGUUCGCUAUGUAUAUAUGUAUUUGUUCAGGGGCACGGCGGGGCCCUGUCCCGCCAUAUGAUUCUGUCGAUCUGUUUAGAGGUCUGUGGACGUGUUUGUGGGUUAGGGUCUUUCUGUAUGGAUGUAUGUACAUGUCGUUUGGGCGAUCCCAUACGCCGAGGCGGCCGGUCCGCAUAUGUUGUUUGGGCGAUCCUAUACGCCGAGGCGGCCGGUCCGCAUAUGUUUAUAUAUUGCUUGGUUAGCCCUGUGUGGCUUUUGUUGGUAUUUUCUGCGUGCAGGGUAUAUUGGAUAGUCCGUAAAACAAAGGAAACUCUGCCGAAAUUUUUCUGGAAAUUACCUAAAUCUGAAAUAAAGCCUUGUCGGCUUCCGCCAUAUACUAGAAUGAGUUGAUAGAAUUUGAGAUAAUAUUUGAUAGAUGGGUUCGGGUGCCCAGAUCGGGCACUAGUCACGGCCUACGGGGUUGGGUCGUGACAGGAUGCUACUUGGAUGACUAGUCCAUCAACCUGGAUUAAGCAUGAAGGUCCUAUUUAUCCCUACAAUUCUGUGACCUCUGCAGUCUAAAUAGUUUUUUGAGAAGUGAUAAACAAGUACUAGCAGCUGUAGGCGUUUGUUUUCUCUUCUUGAUGGAGAGCCUCUUUUUCUACAGUCAAGAAAAAAUCAGCCAGUGGAAUAAGAGCUCCCUAAGUUCCAGAAGGAUCAUUAAGUUCUUGAUGCUACGUUGAUAUAUAUAGUUGGUGGUUUAGAAGGUUAGCAGGAUUCAUUGAUGAAACUAGUAUUACUGCACUAGCUUUGCCUUGAAUAAAACAACCUCUUAUUGUGUGUUACCAUGUGAAAUAGAGAAGAUUUGGUGAUACUGAAUCUGUUGAUUGAAAAACAGGAAGGAGAGUACAACUAUUUCUUUGCAAAAAUGAAGAUGAUACAAUCAAGCUACUGCAGGCUCAGUUUGAUCUUCCAGGUCUAGCUUUAAUAAAGGCCAGUGACCAAAUAUGCUCUCCACAAGUCCCAUUUCAUCCCAGCUAUCAGCAGUUGCAGCUUCAGACACUUGCUUCGCAUGGUCAUCUGAUUUCUCAGAGCCGUUUACGUAGGCAGGUACAGCAUCAUCUCCCCAGCCGCCAGCAAAGUAGGAUACAAACUCCGGUAGCCAGUUGGAUGGAAAUGGCUCUCCAUAAGGACCACCAUCGCUGUAGCUUCCAUCAUACCAAGACUGACUGCCACACAAUGAGGGUUCUUGCUUCUGCUAGGAGAAGUGCUAUAAAAAAAAAAGGGCAACUAGGUGUACAAAGCAUCCCGGGUUAGCAGGGUCCGGGGAAGGAUCGUAUCCCAAGUUGUGCUAUAAAUUACCUGAAAAGGAGUGAAAAGAAGGAAGAUAAUCUGCUGGGGCAGAGAGUACGGUCUUUGGUUCUGAUGCUCACCUAUCCAAUUAUCUAAUACGAAAGUUAAACGUGUUUGGAAUAAUGUUGUAUGUCAACUACGCAUUAAUUCUAAAGUAGUUGGCGCAACUGUAUAACAGUCCGCUCCUUUCAGGCUAUUUUGUCAUAGUAUUAAGAGAAUUCGUAAUAAUUUAGACUAUUCUAUACCAGUUAUUAAUGUACAAGUACUGUUUUCUUUUAUUCAAGUUUGUGAUUUGUUAUGCUGUCACACAGGUGAAGCUGUUUGAAAUAAAAACUGUUGCUAAAGAUA